AUGGCAGAUACAACUUAUUACGAUCCUAAUGAACAUUUGUUCUCGCCAUCACCCGAUGCUGUUGUUCGAGUUCUAGGCGAGGCUGGCUCACCCGAUUUCUUUGAUCUAAGUAGCAGUGACAGUCAGUCUUGUACUAAUCCGUCGCAAAGUAGCAGCAAUAGUUCUCCACCGCAAUCAAAAUCGUAUUCGAGUUCACCCGUUGCUUAUGCUGAAACAUCUUAUCUUGGAGAUGGUCUUGAUGACUCGCUUAUUACAGCACAGCUCAACGAAAAACUUCGUAUUCUUGCUCAACCAAAAGCAUUUUACCGUGAACGAUAUUGCAGUGAAACAGAUCCAAGUAAAAAUCGAGCUCAGCGUUUUAUUCGCGCAGACGAUGAUUCCAGUAGAUACGAAUAUCCAACAAUACAGAUUCCACCUAAAUGGCGCGAUGCAAAUCGAGAUCUUCAUAUUCGAGUUACUUUAGUGACUAUUAUAUCUGAAAAAGUUCCCAUUGUUUGUAUACAUCCAUAUACAAUCGAUACGCAAGAAAAAGAUGUUCUUCGAGAUGCCUCGAAUAAUUCGCUAUACUUCCCCAUCACCCACGAAGAAAUGAUUCGCGGCGAAAAAAGUUUUCGAAUUAGUCGUAAGAAAAUGAUUCAACACGAUUUACGAUCAUACGGACCUUUACGUUUAUUGGAUUUAAAUCAAUUCGACGUUCCACGCACAACAAAUGUCCACGAUGCUAAACAAAUCAUAGAUACUUAUCAGCUAUGGAAAUCGCAACUCGUUUUUACCGUCGCUGAACGUAUGGAUAGGAAUCAUUUUCCAUCGACAAUACCUUUUACAUCGGUAACAUCUCAGAUAAUGUGCGAUGAAGCCAGUUUACGACGAAAAGAUUCGUUGGUCAAUGAAACAAUGUAUAUGCCAAUGAUAGAUGAAGACACAGUGAUAUGCACGCCGAGAAAAGGAGAUUGGAACGGUGGAGACGAUCUACUAAUGACAAUCCCUAAACUUGAUCGGCGAAAAGCAUUUAAUAUAUACUUUGACUAUGGCACUAUGGGACAACUAAAUGGUUUCAAAGCAUCGUUUGUUGAUACCAAAACAAUAUUUUUGCAAACACCAAGAUGUGCCAUGAAAUCGAAUCAGCAAAAUCUUACGGUGCCCCUCGUCGUUACACAAAAUGAUACGAUUCUUGCACACGUUGAAUUUAUCUAUUUAGCUCCGAAUAAAGACGCUACGGAUAUCUGUCAACGAUGUCAAGUCGAUAUGAUGAAUAUCAAUAAUCAAGCCACUAAUAAACGAAGACAUGUCAUCAUGGACCAAACGGAAUUCGAUGGAGCAGAAAUUUUAGUUGAAAAAAUGAGCCAACUAACGACUGAAGAAACACCUGUUCAAUCAAGUGAAAAAUCGAAAAGCGAUGAAACAAAUGCAAAGUUUGAUAAAUAUCUCAAUCAAUUACAAGAAGCUGUUGUCAGUCUUCUUCGAACAAACAAUCCAUCGAAGCUAUUUCGUCGUACACGUCUUCUCAUUUCAAAAUGCGACCAAAGUCCACCGCCGAUGGAUGAUGCUAUUCGAAACGGUUAUGUCGAUUUAGCAUUGCGACUCAUCGAACAAACAACCGAGAUGUCAAGUGGACCGAACAACUUACUCGAACGAACAAAUGCUGAUGGUCAAACACCAUUGCUACUCGCGGCGAAACUCAACCAUUGGAUACUUAUGAAACCUAUCGUGGAAAAACGUUUAGAUCUUCUGGAGAAAGUCGAUAAUUCUGGUAAUAACAUUUUCCAUUUACUUGCUGAUGUAUCUGAAGAUAAAGCUGUUGAUACAAUUAAAAAUGUUCUGGAAUUGAUUCCACAUCAUCUGAAAGUCAAACUCUUCAAUCGGAAAAAUCAAGAGAAACAAACACCGAAAGACAUUGCUCAAGCUAAAAAUCAUAGUCACUAUGUUGAUCUGUUUAAUGCAUCUUAA